CGGUGUUCGCGCUGCCGGGAGGAAGGAUGCAGCCGCUGCCGGAGCAGCCGCCCCGUGAUUGGCUGUGGAGCCUGUGAACCCGGAGUAAAGAUGGCGGGCGGGCAGGCCGCCGCCGCUCUGCCCACUCGGAAGAUGGCGGCGCGCCGCGGCCUCAGCACCCGCGGCCGGGGGCUCCUGCGCGCGGCGGCCGGCCGGCUGCUGCCGAUGCUGCUGCUGGGUUCCUGCUGCGGCGCGGGCGGCUGCGUGGCGGCCGGCGAGAGCGAGGAGACGGUGAUCAUCGGGCUGCGGCUGGAGGACACGAACGACGUGUCUUUCAUGGAGGGGGGGGCGCUGCGGGUGAGCGAGCGGACGCGGGUCAAGCUGCGGGUGUACGGGCAGAACAUCAACAACGAGACGUGGUCCCGCAUCGCCUUCACGGAGCACGAGCGCCGCCGCCACGGGCCUGGCGCCGGCGAGCGCGCGCUGGGGGGCCCCGCGCCGCCGGAGCCCGACGGCGGCCCGCAGCGCUGCGGCAUCCGCACCUCGGACAUCAUCAUCCUUCCGCACAUCGUGCUCAACCGCCGCACCUCGGGCAUCAUCGAGAUCGAGAUCAAGCCGCUGCGCAAGAUGGAGAAGAGCAAGUCCUACUACCUGUGCACGUCGCUGUCCACGCCCGCGCUGGGCGCCGGCGCCGCGGGGUCCGCGGGGGGCGCCGGCUCGGCCAAGGGCGGCGCAGGGGUGGCCGGGCUGCAGCCGCCUCCGUGGGCCGAGACCACUUGGAUCUACCACGACGGCGAGGACACCAAGAUGAUCGUGGGGGAGGAGAAGAAGUUCCUGCUCCCCUUCUGGCUGCAGGUGAUCUUCAUCUCGCUGCUGCUGUGCCUGUCUGGCAUGUUCAGCGGCCUCAACCUGGGUCUCAUGGCCCUGGACCCCAUGGAGCUGCGCAUCGUGCAGAACUGCGGGACCGAGAAGGAGAAGAACUACGCCAAGCGCAUCGAGCCCGUGCGCAGGCAGGGCAACUACCUGCUGUGCUCGCUGCUGCUGGGCAACGUGCUGGUCAACACCACGCUCACCAUCCUGCUGGACGACAUCGCCGGCUCGGGCCUCGUGGCGGUGGUGGUCUCCACCAUCGGCAUCGUCAUCUUCGGGGAGAUCGUCCCGCAGGCCAUCUGCUCCCGCCACGGCCUGGCCGUGGGGGCCAACACCAUCUUCCUCACCAAGUUCUUCAUGAUGAUGACCUUCCCCGCGUCUUACCCGGUCAGCAAGCUGCUGGACUGCGUCCUGGGCCAGGAGAUAGGCACGGUCUACAACCGGGAGAAGCUGCUGGAGAUGCUCCGGGUCACCGAUCCCUACAACGAUCUCGUGAAGGAGGAGCUGAACAUAAUCCAAGGGGCGCUGGAGCUCCGCACCAAGACGGUGGAGGACGUGAUGACCCCCCUGCGGGACUGCUUCAUGAUUACCGGCGAGGCCAUCCUGGACUUCAAUACCAUGUCGGAGAUCAUGGAGAGCGGCUACACGCGCAUUCCCGUGUUUGAGGGGGAGCGCUCCAACAUCGUGGACCUGCUCUUUGUCAAGGACUUGGCCUUCGUGGAUCCAGAUGACUGUACUCCCUUAAAAACCAUCACCAAGUUUUAUAACCACCCCUUGCACUUCGUUUUCAACGACACCAAGUUGGACGCAAUGCUGGAAGAAUUUAAGAAAGAACCCACAAACAAGGAACCCCAAAUCCUACCAGCGCUGAAAAGGAGAGACAAUAAGAAAUUCUUUCUACAGCACAUAAGUUGGCAGUCCUGGAAUGUCCAUGUGGCGGGCAGUAGAGGUAAAUCUCACCUGGCUAUUGUACAGCGGGUAAACAAUGAGGGAGAAGGAGAUCCAUUUUAUGAAGUUCUGGGAAUUGUCACCUUAGAAGAUGUGAUUGAAGAAAUCAUCAAAUCUGAGAUUCUAGAUGAAACAGAUUUAUACACUGAUAACAGAACGAAAAAGAAAGUGGCCCACCGUGAAAGAAAGCAAGAUUUUUCUGCCUUUAAGCAGACAGACAGUGAGAUGAAGGUUAAAAUCUCCCCGCAGCUUCUCCUGGCCAUGCACCGUUUCCUAGCAACAGAAGUAGAAGCAUUUAGCCCAUCCCAGAUGUCAGAGAAGAUCCUUCUAAGACUGCUAAAGCACCCCAAUGUCAUCCAGGAGCUGAAGUAUGACGAGAAGAACAAGAAAGCCUCAGAGUACUACCUCUACCAGCGAAACAGACCCGUAGACUACUUCGUCCUCAUUCUGCAGGGGAAAGUGGAAGUGGAAGCUGGGAAAGAAGGCAUGAAGUUUGAAGCGAGCGCUUUCUCGUAUUACGGCGUGAUGGCCCUGACAGCCGCUCCAGUUCCUUUGUCCCUGUCUCGUACCUUUGUUGUCAGCAGAACAGAGUUGUUAGCAGCAGGCUCUCCAGGCGAGAAUAAGUCGCCCCCGCGCCCGUGCGGCCUCAAUCACUCGGACUCCCUCAGUCGCGGGGAGCGGCUCGACGCGGUGACGCCGCCGACGCUGGGCAGCAGCAACAAUCAGCUCAACUCCUCCUUCCUGCAAGUCUACAUCCCCGACUACUCGGUGCGGGCGCUGUCGGACCUGCAGUUCGUCAAGAUCUCCAGACAGCAAUACCAAAAUGCCUUGAUGGCAUCCCGAAUGGACAAAACCCCUCCGUCAUCAGACAGCGAGAACGCUAAGAUCGAAUUGACUCUCACGGAGCUGCACGAUGGCUUGCCGGACGAGACAGCCAACCUGCUCACCGAGCAGAACUGCGUGGCGCACGGCAAGGCCAACCACAGCCUGCACGGGGAGGGCGCCAUCUAGGCCAUCAGUGUGGGCUUGACCGCUGCAGUGUCCUUGACCUUCUGAGACCAAAGACUUUGUCCCUUCCCAGAAGCCACGGAGGACAGGACAGGACAGGACAGGACAGGACAGGACAGGACGGGACGGGAUGGGACGGGAUGGGAUGGGAGGCGGACCUCGAGGUGGGAGGACAGUGCUGGAGAUCCGGAGAUAACUUCUGCCCAAAUAGAAUCAUGUUUAUUUUUUCAGCUGUACCUUUAUCAUUACUCACUCUCCUCCCUCAAUUUGCAUGAAGUUGAAAAUUGUCACGAUUUAUUUUUUCAAGAGAUCAUGUUUUUUAAAAGUGUCUUUUGCAGAGUUUUAAGUCGUUCUGUCUGAACUCUGCUGUGGUCGGUGAUGUGAUCCUAACUGAUGACUGGCCCUCGGGGGCUUGGGGGGUCGGGCACCUGCCUCUGCCCGGCAGUGUUGUUGCUGCGAAUUUGAGGAGUGAGGAGAGCCAGGGCUGUCGUCCUGCUGAGCCUCUGGGGUUGUCCUGAGAUUCACUGCUUAACCAUGCCCGUUUCCCUCAGGAAGGGGAUUUGCUUGGGAAUGUGAUUUUGUUCCCACCAUAGGGAAUUUUUAUCACCAAAAUGAAUGUUAAUGAAUUUUGAGCCCAUAGUUUAUCAUUGGCAAGAGGCAUGUUGACUGCACCCCACCAUUCCUGCCCACCCUAGCCCGACGCCCCCACGCAGAUGUCCAGCGGAGCACCAGGGCUCUUCUGCACGGUGCGGUCACCCUCCUGCCCUUCCUCCCAUGUAGGUAGCCAGCAGAUGGGGUGACACGGGCCUGGGGCUGGGAGGGCAUUUCUAGACCUGUGUUCCUAAGGAGGGGACUUUGGGGAUUGCCAGCCCCUGCCCCUCCGUCCAGGCCUGGGGCCCAGCAGUAGCCGUGUCCGCUGCCUGACUGGAAGGCUCAACUUGGCCCCAAACGGACUCAGAAACCAAAUGUGUGCUGUGGCUGUUUCGUGUCUCUUCCUCUCUUAAUACCAAAUCCACCGUGUGUUGUGGUGUUAACAUCGGCAGGUGUUUUCGUGGGACCGAAUUGUUGACCCACUUACUGAUUUCGGGUGGUAGCGGGGGCCCUUGUGCAUCUUCCUGGCAGUGCUCAUACCUGAGACGGCUCCUCCCGGUCACCUCCGUGCGGGAUUGUCCCUGCCCUCUGCGCCAGCUCUAGCGGAGAAGUUUGCCUGUGUGCACACUCCGGGGUGCGGGGGCCCUGGGUUCAGCAGCUCUGGGGGUGACAUGCUGGGCUGGCUUUCUGGUGAGCAGUGUGGUGGUGACAACCCUGGAGUGUCUUCCUCAGGACGUGCUUGUCGCUAGGGGCUGCAGCCCUCUGCUGGCCCCCGUCCUGGGCUGUGGGAAGGAGCCCCACCGUGUGGCGUGACCUUAGUUGAACCCCACAUGCCAUCUACCCCGCUUUGCAAAUGCACCCAGCUGAACACAACACCAGCGUGACCCAUGGCCUGCAGCGAAAGUGCCCGAGAACAGAGUGCAUCUGGCCCCGCCGGGCCAGGGCUCUCCCCAGCACACUGCCGCCUUGCGUGGAGGCGGGGCCCGGGGGCCUGUGGGCGCCUUCGCUGACAGUGUGGGCAGCGAGGCGGGCCCAGCUGAGCCUUCCCCGCCGUCACCCACUGAGGGAGGUGGCUUGCCAGGCCCUCUCAGGAGCUGGCAGGGCGGCUCUGCAGGGGCUCCCGAAGCCCACCAAGUUUGGACUCACUUCCUGUUAACUAUGGCUCUUUACCUUUGAUUAUUCAUGCUGUUUUAUAACAACAAGGAAUCCAAAACUAGCUCCUGUCUGGUCCCUGGCAGAGCGGAGGUGAACUUCUGCUCUCCCGUCAUACAAGGCCCCUGGCUGAGGAACAGCUUCCUCCUCUAAGCCCCACUGACCCUCAGGCGGAUGGAGGCGACGUGCUAGCCCCGAGCGUCCCUGGGCUGGGGGAGUGGGGUCUUGGCUGAGAAGGCCCAGCUGCCCUGCGGCAGACAAGGGGAGGCAGCAGGUAGCUGGAACUUGGUGGCGGCGACUCCCUCUGUGCUGCUCUGGGUGGACGCUCCUGCCCGCAGCUGCUGUCUGCCGCGCUGGAGGCUGUGGGUGCUGAGCUGUAGACAGGAGACUGCUGUCACCAAGCCCUCACCUCCUCUCGGCCUUGCUGCCCUGGCACCCUGAAGGCACCUCUGCAACUGGAUUCCUAGUGUCUGAAUGUUCCCGGGACACUUUGCCUUCUCUGUAAACAAGGAGGCUUCUUCCUCCUGUCUUAGCGGUCAUUUUCCUUUCAUUGUUGUGUUCUGUAUUAUCAGGCAAGUCCAAAGUCAUACAUUUAAACUCUUGGGAAAGCAGAGCCCUAUGAUUUGUGAAUACUGGGGAUUGAAUCAACUAGCUUCAAUCUCAGUUCUUAAGUAAUUUGAAAGGAAGCCACAUACGAUUCAGUUCUUCCUCCUCCCUCUCCUGCCUCCCUGUAGGGUGUGUGUGUGGAUACAGGCAUAGCUGGUCCCUGGCAGGAGGAGUAGGGCAUUUGCCACUGCUCUCUUGUGGCAUUUCAAGGAACUUGUGCAAAUAGUUGUUGAAUGCAGAGCUUCACGCUAAUGUGGUACAGAAGUGUGAAUGGACUUAAUCUGCUAUCCCCAUUCCGUGCAGCUAAAGGACCAGCUUCUCCAAGUCUAGGAAGAUGACAGUAGAUUUGAAGAGAAACCCAUUUUUCCUAGGAAGUGGAGCGAUAGGAUUUUGAGCUAAGUAGGAGCCAUGCAGCUGUCCUCAAAUCCUAGAGGCGCUGGCUGAUUGAGCCUAUGUCUGGCUAGGAAAAACACUGCCGGCCCUGACAUCUUCUGAAGGCCCAGGCCCAGGGUAUGAGGUCUCCCCAGAACUCUGAUCCCAGGCAGACGACUCCCCCAGAGUGGUGGUGGAAGGUGCUCCCCUCCCUGGGCCCCCAGGGCUGGGCUUUGCACAUGGUACUUUGUGGCCCAAGCCCUGGUGAUGCGGGCUGCAAACAGCUCUGCUGGAGCACAACACAGCAGGCUCUGGAGGACACAAGGUGAGCCGGCAGGGCGGGGCUGGCCGGGCAGCAUUCGGCUCUCCCCCGGGCUUCCCAGAAUCAAGAAGGAUUUAGAGUUGAGUAAGAAAGUGGACUUGGGGUUCUGAGAGUUUUCUGAUGCAGACUUAACCAUAAGUGAGCUACUCAGUGGACUCUCAUGCCUCAGGGCUGUUAGUUUUUCUUCUGUUUGAGUGAACUGAUGAGCGAGAGGGAGAGGUCUGGAAGUGUCUGGGGUGAGGUUCAUUGCCUCCCUCUGAGGGUGAGUGGCGCUGAGGCUGGGCCCGCUGAUACAGUACUGUCCUUCAUGGCGGUGACAUGUGGGCUUCCCACCAGCAGUCACCUGCUUUCUGCCUCUGCAGCUUCCUUCCUUAUCUGAAGUCUCACAUUCCAGAGUUCCUGGUCAGCCCUGGGACAGGAGGAGAUGGUGUUCACAGCCACUGUACAGUGGGAACAGCCUUCCCCCCACUGCCUUGGGCUGGGGCUCUGCUGCUUACACUCUGGCUGGCUUCAUUCAGGUAACCUUUGACAUCAUAGACACGUGUUAGACGUCUUGCGAUGAGAAACCCCAAGUGGUACUUUUAACAACAUGGAAGCGGAGGUGAUAGUGGCAAGAGUCAUGUCGGUGUUCCUGUUUGAAGGCUUGUAGAGAUCCAGUGCGUAGAGCAAGAUGUGAGCACGUAGACACAUGCUCAGGAGUUCAUGCCCACCGAGACCAGGAACGCACAGGAUGGCUGGCGGUUUGUCUUGCUUCACUUGGGUUGGUACCUUUUGGUGUUUGCCCACCUGGUCAAGGUGGGUUUCACUUGGGAAGAUACAUCCUGAAGAGAACUAUCACAGGGGUCUGGUGGGUUUCGGUGAUCUGCCCCCUUUCUUGGAGUCUCAGCCCCUUUGAGUAUCACCAACAGUGGUGUCCCGGCCCGUCAGAGCAGCAGGAAGUGGGAAGGUGAGAUCUUGGGGUUCUCACUCCCCAGAGAACCCCCUUCUGAUUCACUACUUCCGACGUCUGAUGUCUGCAAAGGUGGAGUGUAUCAUCCCAUUGACUUAUUUCUGCAGUCCUUUAAAUUCACAAGUGUAUAUGCUUUGUAUUAUUUAUUAUGUACAUAUGCCUCUGUUAGUCCAUCGUCUGUGAUUAAGCCCCUCGUCCAUGGAGCUGAGGAUUGUGUUGCCCCUUAAGUUGGGCGAGAGGGCAAUGGUUUGUUGUUUUGUUAAAAACAUAUUGCUGCUCUUACGUUGGCCCUAGCGUCACAGCCCCUUAUUGGGUCCACCUCGCCUCUGAUCCGUGUUUGGGAAGACGGUGGAGCCAGGUCUCCUGCCUGUGGCAGGGCCUCCCACGUCCCUCCAUGAGGUCCUGAGGAGGUGGUGCCUUUGGUGGCAGGGUCUUCCCUGUCCCCAGCCCCCUCCCACCUCCUGAGCCAGGCCCGCUGCCUGGCCCCAGUGACGGCCUCUACUCCCACCCUGGCCUGCAGAGUCAGUCUCCACAGACCGUGGAAGCCCGUCCCAGCCGUGUGGGACCCAGUGCUGACAUUGCCGUGGUCCUCACAUAACUCCCUGCCUGUCUUUCGUCCUCCUUGGCCUUUAGCCACUGUCAUGGUGUACACGGCAGGCCUUGAGCAGUGAAGGUUUUCUGAGCGCAGCACUCAGAAUGAUGUGAAGUGAAAUAAGCACAAGUCAAGUGUGUAGGGUUCAAGAGCUGAUGGUCAGCUGAUUGUCAUGAUGCAUUUUAUAAUUCAAACAAUGUUGUAGAUUUACAAUCUCUAUUUAUUUUGUACCAAUUUAUUUGUAAAUUUUGAUUGUUUUAAAAAGGUUUUUAUUUCUAUUCUGUUUAGAUAAAUGAUGAUUUUCUGUUCA